CGCGAAUGCAAAUUACACACGGCGUUUGUGGAUUGGCCGUCGCAUUUACAGAUAUUAUUUAUUUAGUAAAUUAAAAACUCACAGUCAUAUUUAUUUAAUAAAUUAAAAUGCUCUUCGAAGCCUUUAUUUUACUGGUAGUACUCCCGCUAUUCUUCCUCACGUUGCUACUGUUCGGAGCCUUCGUGAUCGUCCCGGGCGCCUUUAUAUUCGCAUCAUGGUACAUGCGAAUCUACGAGCGAAAGAAACAGCGGAGGCUGCGAGAUGGGCCUAACUUGGCAUUCUUCCACCCGUAUUGUAAUGCCGGGGGCGGCGGAGAGCGGGUGCUAUGGGUGGCUAUUAAGGCCAUUUUGACUAGAUAUCCAGACACCAACAUAUACAUUUAUACAGUGGACACGGCAGAGCCUCAGACCAUUGCCAACAAAGUGCAGAAUACAUUUAAUGUAAAAGUUGAUGCCAGCAAACUUAACUUCAUAAGGUUGGUGUCAAAACGGGCGAUAGAGGCAAGCUCAUACCCUUACUUCACACUGCUGAUGCAAAGUCUAGGCUCGAUGGUGAUGGGGUUGGAGGCCUUCAUGAAGUUCAAUCCAGAUAUCUUCAUAGACACGACAGGAUAUGCCUUCACCUACCCAAUCUUCCGGUACCUAGCGCAGUGUCCAGUGGGCACAUACACCCACUACCCUAUCAUCACUAAGAGCAUGAUGCGGCGCGUGCAGCAGCGAAUCGUCUCCUACAACAAUAGGGGGAUUAUAGCCAGGAAUCCUGUCUUCACUUGGUGCAAGCUCUUGUACUACAAAGCUUUUGGGUGGUUGUAUGGAAUCGUGGGCCGCUGUGCUGACGUGGUGAUGGUGAAUGGUACAUGGACGGAGGACCACAUCAACGACUUGUGGAACUCGCCUUUCAAGACGCACCGGGUCUAUCCACCCUGUGAAGUAACAGAGCUGAAGCAGCUACGAUCUCUAGUCAAAGACACGGAUCCGAUCCGGAUACUAUCCGUGGCGCAGUUCAGACCUGAGAAGGAUCAUCCGCUCAUGCUACAAGCUAUGUACGAGUUACGAAACUUGCUGGUCAAAAACGAAGUGCUUUGGAACAAGAUCAAACUGGUAUUCGCCGGCGCGUGUCGAAACGCAGAGGACGAGGAGCGGGUCCAAAACCUCAAAGAUUUGGCCAAGCACUUGUCUCUCGAGAACAGCGUGCAGUUCGUCGUGAACGCUCCCUACGCGCAGCUGCUGCAGUUGUACCAGACGUGCAGCAUAGGGUUGCAUGCUAUGUGGAACGAGCACUUUGGAAUCAGCGUAGUGGAACUGAUGGCAGCAGGUCUCAUCACCAUCGCGCACCGUUCAGGCGGUCCCCUCGCCGACAUCGUGGAGACAACUGAAACUAGUCGAACCGGCUUCCUGUGCUCUGAGGCUGAUGAGUACGCUCGCGCCAUUCUUGAAGUCAUAGCUCUAGCGCCUGAGGAGAGGCAGCGAAUCAUAGACGCAGCUAGGGCAUCUGUGGAUCGUUUCUCCACUUUGGAAUUCGAAAAGACCUUCCUUCGUGUGGCAGAACCUCUCAUGAAGCUCGACUGAUAGAAUUAUUCAUAUAAUGCCGCCUGUACACACUCGUCGAGACCUAGAUGCCGAGAGUCUCGGCACCGCUCCGAUCCAAUCGGAGAAGCGCGGGGCGAAACGAGGAAGAGCGAGAUGAGAAGGGAGGCGUAUGUACACACACACACACUCGUUCUUGGCCUGUCUCGGGGUGUCUCGACAAGUGUGUACAGCCCGCAUAAAAGGACUGAUACUUAUGGCGUUAUUCAUAAACGCGGUACUGGCCUGAAUUAGCUAUGAACCGUUUGUCUUUAUCUGUCACUUUGACUUAUGUAUUUGUAAGAAAGGGAUAAAACAUAAUUUAACUAAAUCAAGCCCAGGGGGUUAAACUUUUGAACGCCACGUCUAUCGUGCGCGGCGCGUCACCGUGAACGUUGUCGUAAUUAUAGAGUAAUAUAAGUAAAAAAAGAGUGACAACUCCAUACAUCAGUUUUCUUACCAAAACGCGCGUUAUUUCGUAGUCGACAUCUAACGUAAAGUAGUGGAACCAUCAGUACCGCUACUUGACAUCAGAUGGCACAAGUGUCGCUACUGACGUAUAAUGUACUGCUAAAACAAUUUACAACUAAUAUUAGAAGUAUGAGUUGAAAAUAGUUUCGAGUGAUCCGGUUAUAAUAUCAGCUGAAAAUUGUUGAUCAUUAGAGUUUUCGUUCGCCGCGACAUCUAUUGUCGACUAGCAGUACUGGUAUAUUCCGCUACUUGACGCUAGGUGUCGACUACGAAAUAAGGCGCGUUUUGGUAAAAAGACUGAUGUAUAGGGUUACCACUCUUUCUUUACUUAUAUUAGGUACUCUAUGUCGUAAAUGUCGUAAUGCACGCAGGUUGAUAAUGUUGAUAUUGAACUGUAGCCGCGCCACUAUAUUUGUUACACAUUGUACAGUCAGCAGCAUUAGUUACUAAACGGGCGAGGUGUUCUAAAUGAUCUUGACGCGACUUUAUUGCUACGAGAAUAAGAGCGCGUCAAGGUAAUUUUGAAGUUUUUGAACACAUCGUCCGUUUAGCAACUUCUGGCUGCUGCCUGUAUGUAUGUGUACUAAUUUUAGUUCUUAAAUACUAAUCCAGUCAAAUGAGAGUUGUUAGUAAGUAGAUUAAAACGUACGUAUUUUAUGGUUUGCCUUACGUUUGAUAAGUUUAGAAAGAGAUAAAUACAGAAACCACUAUUUUUAGUGCUAAGCAUCAAAUAGUAAUAUGUAUUUCUAUUUUAUGAAAUGUUCCACUAAUUUUAAGUGUAAUUAA